GUAAAGUUGGCUCUGUAAUAAUAAGCAUUAUAAGGCGGUCUGCCUGAGCUCAGUCCGUGGGAGGGGUCUGCCAAACCUUUCCCUCUAAUUGACCAGGGAGCAGAAGCAGUCGGGGAUGCGAGCAGCCACAGACGGAGAGAGAGAGACGGACGCAUGGGCUUGACACAACGGGAAACCCAGCCCGAUGUUCAAAUGGCUGAUCUCGAACUGUUUUACUUUGAUCAACCCGAUCCGAGAGACGCCUCCCUGGUUUUAAAUGAGCAAAGUAUCAACGAGCUCGGCUGCAGCGGCGGAAAGUGUCCUCAUCCCGGCGGAGGAGACGGUUCAGCACCCUGGACAGAGACCGGGAGAACCGCGUGGCCGGAGGAGGAAACAGAAACAUCUUUCACCUGCAAGCACCGAGAGGAUGAAGAGGAUGAUGAUGUCCAGCUGAUAGGGACAUGUCCACAAACAUGCAGACUGAGUCAGAGCUCCUCAAGUGAACUGUACGAGGAGGAGGAAGAGGAGGAGGUGGGGGAGGAGGGGGAGGAGGAGGAGGAGGAAGAGGACAUCCCGGAACUUUACUUGCUGUCCGACGACGACCUCUCCUCUGACGACUCGGGGAAGUCUGUGGAUUACGGCUUCAUCAUCGCGGUGACAUGCCUGGUGACUGGCAUCUCUUUGGUGGCCAUAUCCUACACGGUGCCCAGGGACGUCCGGGCGGACCCCGACAGCGUGUCCGCCCGGGAGAUGGAGCAGCUGGAGAGGGAGAAAGCCAGGGUGGGGGCCCAUCUGGACCGGUGUGUCAUAGCGGGACUGUGCCUGCUCACCCUCGGGGGCGUGCUGCUCUCCACCCUGCUCAUGAUCUCCAUGUGGAAAGGGGAGAUGAUGAGGAGGAAAGCCUUUGCCUAUUCCAAACACGCAGCAAAGUUAUACGGCUCGAUCAAUUUGAAAGCAGGCUCCAGCCCGACUCGGGAAUCCUGCUCACAUUUGUCAGUGGCUGAUGAGGAUUUAGAGGUGCUCAGCUGAAUUUAUGGACAGGACAAGCAGAAAAGACUCAGAAAAGUGCUUAGGAAAUCCUACCAGUGCUGUUCUAUAAUCCGGGAUGUUGUGUGGUGUUUAAUUCCUUUUUUAUUUCUAACAUCUGGGAGCGGUUUUGGUUGAUAUAGACCUUUUUUUAAAAAAAAAGUCUGUCUUAAUACAAUACACACAUGUCCUUAUUCAUUGAAAGAGCUUUUGUUUUCUGUAUUUCAGUGUUUCUUCAAUUCAUAUUGGCCCUGAAGAAAUUCCAAUCUGAGUGAUUGGGGACAAAAUCCACAGUCUUUCUUGAGUACAAAUGCAUUUUAACGCUCAUCUGAGGCAAAUAUGAGGCUUUAUAGCAGUUGGAUUUGCAGGAGUUCAGAUCAGAAACAAGAGCCGAGGCUGUGUUGGUGGGAGCGUGUUGCUUCAGUUACUGGUGAAACAAUUCAGGCCCAAACUGAGAAGAAAUCUUGAUGAGCUGAAGACUUAUCAGAUGAACAACUCUGCAAACUUAGCACAGCUGCAGCUGUAAUUAUUAUUUUAUCGUUUCCUCUUCCAUCAAGAGAAAACAGUAGAAAUACAGUAUUCAUGUUACAGUACCAGGAAUGUGACCUUGUGUUGCCAGACUGGGCUCAUUCAAAUGAAUUAGGAAGCUGUGUGGAGGCUAAAGUCGGUCUUUUUAAAGUGACUUUUUAGUACAAACUUAUCUCUUUGUGUUAUUAUCCCUGCACAACAAACACAAACACAUACCAACAUGUCAGAUAAACUUUCAAAUGUAUUAAAUUUGAUCUUUUUACAGCCAGUACGGACAAGAGGAACAAUUAAAGCAACCAUUAACUCCUGUACAUGUGGGCAUGUUAGUGUUGUAUUAAGAUUAAAACCUAUACAUUAAGUUCAAAGUAAACGAUGCAUCACGUUGAGUUGUACAAAAUUAAUAGGAUUUUUUUUUUUUUUUUAAAGGUAAAACACAAGAUAUGUUUUCCUGAAAUAUAUAUUUUGUUUACAUUGGUGGUUGGUGGUUUGCCUUAUGAUGAUCUCAGACCCAUCUUUCUGUUCACCACUGCAUCCCCGCUUCUAACGAUGCUGCUAUUUCAGUGACUCUCAUGUUUACAUGCCUGUGCAGACUUGUAUGUUGAAGGCCUGUGUGUAUACCGUAGCUGCAGGGGAAAUCAAACCAGGGGCUGGUGUCUGCCUUCAUUUUUCCACCUCGCCAGCAACAGCACUUCACUGAUUUAUGCAGCUAACGAAUCUGCGCUGAUCUGGUUUACAAAAACAACAACUGCAUGUUGAACUCCAAAGAAGUUCUGCUUAAUAUUAUUGUGACACGCUGAAGUGAUGCUUGUAUUUGUCGGAUUUGUUGAAACACAAAUAGAAAUACCACAGGAGGCGUAAUUAGAUUUUGUGGUUGAGCACCGACGACAGGGAAGCUCAGUUUACCCCAAAUACUCUUGGGGGGGGGGUUUGACUGCAGAUGUUCAAAAGCGUACAGAGAGAGAAUCAACAAACCCCUGGGGUGAAGCUCUCCUGGUAAUUGGUGUUACUUAAUUGCUCAUGGGAGGCCUGUGAAUCAGUGAAAAGGAAAAACAGCAUUUUAACAACUGCCUCAAUCAAGCCCGCUUCACCCGCUUAUCAAAAAACAAAACCACUCCAGCUGCUGUAUUGGAGUGAACUGUUACAUUGCAUUCAAGGGGGAGGAAGUCAUGGAUAGCCUGCUCUGACAGAAGAUGCUGUGAAUGAACAAUUGUAUCCCCUGCUUACGGUGCGCAGAAAGCUGUGCUGUGCACCCUCUGUAAUUGGAAGUGCUUACGGCCAGCAGGAUCGCAUUAUCCUCCACACGACCUUCGCUCACUCUCGCCUCGUUAAUGUAAUUAAUAGGUGGAAUCAGCUUUAUCAGCCCCUCAUAUUUAUUGUUUUGGAAUAAUUACAUCUUGAGGGUGUGGCUGGUGUCUCCCUUUGCUCACAUGAAAGGAAAAGUCCCUUCUCAGAUGAGUUAUUUUGUGAUGAAGCGUUUUGAGAAUUCCCCACUUCUCUUCAGCCUGACUCAUCUGCUUCUCGCAGUUUCUUCUUACACUUUGCCUGAUUUACGUUUUUGACAGCCAUCAGAGAACAGCUGUGAGCUUGCUGAAUUAAGUACGUGGGUUUGGAGAGACUGGUCUCGCAUAGUAAAAGCAAGACAGUGAGUUCUCACAAUUUUGGAGAAACAUGGAAGUCAGUGAUCUGAAUUAAAAACCCAACCUGCAGUGCACUCUGGCCUGUUGAGGCUGCUGUCUGCGGGGAUCUCAGUCUUUCCAGCUCAGUACAAAAGAUUUCUCCCAGUUGAUGUUAAUUAAAAAUUAUUCAGUCAUGAGAGAAAAUGUUUCUCAACAACACUUGACAUUUACUGCUAUAGUGUUACAUACUUGGAGAUUUGUCUGUAUCCAUGCUGGAAAUGUCUAAUUUUGACAUCACAUUAUCUAUGUUUAUUGAAAUUAUAGCCAACAUAAUGGUCCUGGAAAUAAAAUAAUGACUUUUUAACAACA